AUGCGUGGACGUCCUCCUGAAAUUAAGCGUCAUAGUGAUACAUUGGCAUGGCCUGAACCCGCAGUCUUGGCAUUCAAUAUAGAAACUACAAAGAUGCCUUUGAAGUUCCCUGACCCUGCAAAUGAUCAGAUAAUUAUGAUAUCAUACAUGUUAGAUGGAGCUGGACAUCUUAUAUGCAAUAGAGAAACACUUACGGAAGAUAUAGAGGAUUUUGACUACACGCCAAGACCAGAGUUUCCAGGUCACUUCACCGUGCAUAAUUUACAAACAGAAUUAGAUUGCAUUACCUUUUUCUUCGAACAUAUUCAGAGAGUUCGACCAAAUAUAUUAGUUACAUAUAAUGGUGAUUAUUUCGACUGGCUAUUUAUUGAAGCUCGGGCCGCUAGCUACAGACUAUCUAUGUCUGAAGAAAUUGCAUUUUCUCGUCAAAAGAGUACUGCAGGCCCCGGAAGAGAUGGAAGUUCUGGCGAAUACCUGUCACGAACAGCGAUUCACAUUGAUUGCUUAUAUUUGGUUAAGCGUGGCAGUUACCUUCCGGUCGGAGCUCGUGGUCUUAAAGCUGUCGCUAAAGCUAAACUGCGGUACGACCCGAUUGAAGUAGACCCAGAAUUAAUGUGCCGUAUGGCUCGUGAAUCACCGAGAAAGUUGGCAAAUUACUCAGUGUCUGAUGCAGUUACCACCUAUUAUUUGUAUAUGAAGUAUGUUCAUCCGUUUGUAUUCGCACUGUGUACAAUCCUUCCAUUAAAUCCCGAUGAUGUCUUUCGUAAAGGCUCUGGUACCCUAUGCGAGGCUCUUUUGAUGGUUUAG